GUGACGACAACAAACGUGAGGAAUUACAAAAGACAUUUUUCGCACGAUUAGCACAAUACAAUCAGAACAAUUGCAUUUAGCAAGUGCUGGACAACAAGGAGCACAACGUAAUGCCGUCGCGAACGAGUGCAGAUGCCGGCGGCGCCAAGGAGGUGCCCCUAAAUGCGCGGAACACACUUCUCGGCCCAAGGAGCAAGCGAAUCGCCGUAAACAGUCGCAUUCACAGCAGGAAUGCUGCCGAAAAGAAAGCCACAGCCUCGCAGUCGUUCCCGCCAAAAUCGGAAUACGAGAAAUUCUACGAGACCGUCUUCCUGGCGGAGGACUCGCAGCCGGAGGAAGAAAUAAUAACAGCAGAGCGGCGAAAGCCAGGACCGCGCAUGAGGAGUUCACUCCACGCCCUGCUAAUCGACGACGGACCCCAGCCGGGAGCACAGCGAACCCCAAAGAUAAAUGUCGCACCGAAAGUUGGCGUUGAGCCGGCGAACCGAGCCAAUGGCAACUCCCCGUUGCCCAAAAAGGAUAAAUUUGAGGACUACUACACGAAAACGGAGCGGCACGUUUGGAAGAAGGAUGCGGAGAAAAUGUUGUUGCAACUGUGGGCACAGCACUUGAAGGAUUUCCGUGGCGAGUCCAAGAAUGUCCUUAUCUACCGGCAAAUGGCUAAGCAGAUGAGCCAGUUUGGACCCAGUCACACGGAGCUCAAAACCAAAAUGGACAAUUUGUCGCGAAAGUAUCGCAUAGAAGCUGAGAGAGUUCGGGAAACUGGAGUUCCAUCCAAGUGGGAACACUUUCAUAAGCUCCAAGCACUUCUGAUUGGCACAAAAGCAGUCGAUGUCUUUGAGGACAUUAUCGCCGAAAAUCCAGCUCAAGCUCUGUUCAGCGAUGGAGAGUAUGAGCCUGAAGAAUCGCCUUCAAUAAAAGACGAGUCUAUGGCCGCGGACCCUGACAAUGAAUUUGAAAAUGAAGUUGUUUCAAACAAAGCCAUGAAAAGAACGCGGACUCCCUCUCCCAAUAUUCCAGAAUCCCUCGAAGAUGAGGAGGUGGAGGAGCACCUAGAGGAUCUGUCCCCAUCGCCGAUUUCAAAAUAUCAGACGAAAAGGAAGGCAUCGAGCAGCCAUUCGGAUAGACUCCUUCAAAUAGAGGAGGAGAAACUGGCUAUUGAGCGAGAGAAGCUACAGGUUAUGAAGGAUGCUCUGCUAGAGCUAAACGCAUUUCACAAAGACAUCGUUUAUUUGCUUAAGCAUAAAAAUCAGUAAAGUAAAUAUUAAGUGUUAUACAUAGGAAUUAGGAUUGCACUUCUUCAGCGAAAUAUAUAAUUAAAUAUUAAAUGUAAUAUUG